UUCCUGCGUCAUCGUGCCCGCGAGAGAGAGAGCGGAAGUAGAUGUAGCCGACGCGCCGGCUGUCAGUUGGUGUACGCCCUUUUAAAGCUUCCCGCGUAAGCAGUAAGGAGAGGAAGAAAGGGGACAGGAAAAGCAGACUACCUUUGUUUUAUAAAGAUCCAAACCAGGACAAAUCUUUUAUCAGACAUUUAUUUUGGCUUCACUAGUCCCUGCUUCACAAAAUGCCUCGAAUUGAGAACGACAUUAAGCUGGAUUUCAAAGACGUGCUCUUGAGGCCAAAAAGAAGCACACUGAAGUCUCGCAGUGAGGUGGACCUGCAGAGGAGCUUUACCUUCAGAAACUCUAAAGGCAGCUACACUGGGAUCCCGAUCAUCGCUGCCAACAUGGACACUGUCGGGACCUUUGACAUGGCCUUGGCUCUUCACAAGUUCACUGUUUUCACAACAAUUCACAAGCAUUAUUGUGUGGACGACUGGUCAGAGUUCGCAGCAAAACACCCAGAAUGCCUUGAGAGUCUGGCGGUCAGCACAGGGACAGGCAACGGUGACUUUGAGAAGAUGUCGGCCAUCUUGGCGGCGGUGCCUCAGCUCAAGUACAUCUGCGUGGACGUGGCCAAUGGCUACUCAGAACAUUUUGUCAACUUUGUCAAAGACGUCAGGCAGAAGUUCCCUUCACACACCAUCAUGGCGGGAAAUGUGGUGACAGGAGAGAUGGUAGAGGAGCUCAUCUUGGCCGGUGCUGACAUCAUCAAAGUAGGCAUCGGACCAGGAUCUGUGUGCACCACCCGUAAGAAAACCGGGGUGGGUUACCCCCAGCUUAGUGCCGUGAUAGAGUGUGCAGAUGCAGCCCAUGGCCUGGGUGGGCACAUUAUCUCUGAUGGAGGCUGUACUUGCCCUGGAGACGUCUCUAAAGCAUUUGGUGCUGGAGCAGAUUUUGUGAUGCUGGGUGGAAUGCUGGCAGGCCACUCUGAGAGUGGCGGCGAAAUCAUUGAGAAAAACGGCACAAAGUACAAGCUGUUCUACGGCAUGAGCUCUGACACAGCCAUGAAGAAACAUGCGGGUGGUGUGGCUGAGUACAGAGCUUCAGAAGGAAAAACUGUGGAGGUUCUUUACAAAGGCCCCGUGGACGAGACGAUACGAGACAUCCUGGGUGGUGUUCGCUCCACCUGCACCUACGUGGGCGCAGCCAAGCUGAAGGAGCUGAGCCGCAGGACCACUUUCAUCAGGGUCACACAGCAGCUCAACACUGUCUUUGGAAGUGGCAGUUAGAAAAUGUCAGGUCCCCUCUCUAAACCACUUCCUUCACACACACAUACACACACAUACACACCUAAACACUGAAUGUUUUUACCUCCUUUUCAAACAUUUCCUCAAAGUUUUAGCCAAGAUUCAUUGUCUCCUCAGGAAAAUGGCAAAUUCAAUUUUUCCACUUUUAUUUUGUACUCGCAUUAAAUUACAGAAAUGUUUUAAUGUACUUUUUAAAAUUGAAUAUCUCGCUCCAACAUUCCCUGCACUUUAUUGAUCUGAGAUUUAAACAUUCAUUUCCAUUGUUGACAUGUUACCAUGUUGUAUUCAGGACCAACAGUUAUAAUAUAUAAUUUUUUUAAAUUUUUUUUCAGUUUUUGCUAAUUAUCAUGGUUAUUAACAGAACAUUGUUAACAGAUGUGGUACUCUUUGGAUUAUUACCCUGGGAACGUUUGUGUUUGUUAUACCCUUCCAAAGAUGAGAAACAAUGAUCUGUAAUCAGUUUCCUCCUUGUCAAUAAAACCAUUCCACAUUUGAAACUGA